AUGGCUCCGAAGUCUGCAGAGCGAAUCAUCCACUAUCAGGAAUAUCUCGAUGGUGUUGCGGCCGGCUUAGACGAGGAACUACGAGCGAAGACAGAAGAGCUACAGGCGACCGGUGGGAACGCGCAAGAGCUUCAAGACGCGCACGGAGAGCUUACUCGACAGGUUGCUCGCGACAAGCAGAUAAUCGCCGACCGCCGUGAGGUAGGUGCAGCAGACGUGCGACGUUAGUUCAGUCUAGUACUGACUUUGCCAUAGGAACUGCAAGAGCGACUCGAAGAUGAAGAACGUGUUCCAAACUACGACGGCGAGCUCGCAGACUUCUAUGUCGCUUUCGUGCCGUGGUCAAAGCGCGCAGCAGACGAUACAGACGCCGAGGGAUGGGUCGACUUGGGUCAGGACUUCGAGUUUGCGGAGUUGCGCGAGGGCGAGAAUCUGGACUACGAAGAGAUCAUCCGGCCGUUGCAGACGGAGAUCAAAGACCUUAAGGAGCUGAGAAUGCGCCUCGACGAGACGGUGAGGCGGUUGGUCAAGAAGAACCCCGGUUUCGAGGACAAGAUCGAGGAACUAGCCGAGAAGGAUCGUCGGGAGAUCUCUGUUCGACUCGAGGUAUGCUUAAACACGAACGCGUUAUAAGACCUAUCUAACGAGUCUCUAGGUUUUCCAGACCGAGCUGAAUAGCGGCAUUGACGGAGACGACGACCAACAGGACCAGUGGGCCGAGCUCGUCGACCGUUACCUUACCACGAAGUACAAGAUCAGAGUUCAAGAGCUAUGGAACGCUCUGAGCGAGAACGAGAAGGGCGAGCCGAAAGCAAAGGAGAAGAAAGCCGGGGCGAUCAAGCGGAAGAGGAGCAGGACAAGCCUUGGUAGGCGAACGAAGCGUCGCCAAGUGGACGAUAAAGAGAGUGUGGAGGAAGGCGCAUCUUCGAUGCCAGACGACGACUCAGCGCUGGACGACGUGCAGGCAGAGCUCGACGAGAUGGAGCGUCGACGUCGGGCAGCGAAGGACUACUCUUCUCUCCCAGAAUGCUCCUUCGUCGUCAUGUCUCUUACUCGGCAGUGGGUCGAGGUGCAAUGCCCCAUCUGCAAGGGCAACGCGCCAGCUCCCGGCGAGCCAGCGAUUCGCGGACUUGUCUUCUUUCAGAUCCACCUGUCGAGCGUUCACAACGUCGACAUCGCUAACCUCGAGGAGCUGUUGGACCGCUGCCGCGUUCGCGAGCUCAAUCUCUACGACGUGCGCACGAUCGUUUACAAGUACGAGGCCGUGACUGCGAAGCCAGUGGCGACUGAGGAGGACCUCGUCAGAGAUGAGAACAGCAAGGAGGACGAUAUGAUGGCGAAUGAGGCGGGAGAUGGCUCUGGGGCCGAGAAAGGUGAGCAGCUUUCCUAA